UCUUCGUGCAACCAACAGCGUGUAUCAGGCAUUACUCAGAUGUGAUGACACUGCCGGACUCUUUCGUCCAACUCCAGCAGCUGGAUGCCAGCAUGGCUGACACUUUCCUGGAGCAUCUCUGUCUGCUGGACAUCGACCAGGAGCCCAUCACAGCUCGCAACACCGGCAUAAUCUGCACCAUCGGACCAGCUUCCCGAUCAGUCACUAAACUCCAGGAGAUGAUCAAAGCGGGCAUGAACAUCGCUCGUCUGAAUUUCUCUCAUGGUUCACAUGAAUACCACAGCGAAAACAUCAAAAACAUCCGUGAGGCAGUGAAGACAGUGACCUCUGACCCACUGCAAUAUCAGCCAGUUGCCAUUGCUUUGGACACAAAGGGUCCAGAGAUCCGCACCGGAUUGGUGAAAGGGAAGGUGGAGGAGGAGGUUUUUCUGGUUAAGGGCAGUCAUGUGCGUGUGGUGACGACAGAGAGUGAGAAAGACAAAACAGAUGGAGAUAUUAUCUGGGUGGACUAUCCCAAUUUGCCCAAAGUCCUCAAGAAAGGAGACAAAAUCUACAUUGAUGAUGGACUCCUUGGACUCAAAGUUCUAGAAAUAGGAUCUGACUGGGUGGAAACGGUGGUGGAGUCAGGCGGCACGCUGUGCAGCCGUAAGGGCGUCAACCUCCCCGGCUGCAACUUGAUUGGCAUGCAGGCGGUCAGCGAGAGAGACGAGGCUGAUCUAAGGUUUGGUGUGGCCCAGGGUGUGGAUAUGGUGUUUGCCAGCUUUAUCCACUCCGCCCAGGAUGUCAAAGAUGUACGCCGGGCUCUGGGGCCGCAGGGACACAAUGUCAAAGUAAUCAGCAAGGUGGAGAGCCGGCAAGGAGUUCAGAAUUUUGAUGAAAUUCUUGCUGAGAGUGAUGGCGUAAUGGUUGCCAGGGGUGACCUGGGGGUCGAGAUCCCAGCAGAGAAAGUCUUUAUCGCCCAGAAAAUGAUAAUCGGACGCUGCAACUCAGCAGGCAAACCUGUGAUCUGUGCCACACAGAUGCUGGAGAGUAUGGUGAGCCACCCACGGCCAACCAGAGCAGAGAGCAGUGAUGUGGCCAACGCCGUCCUAGACGGAGUCGACUGUGUAAUGUUAUCUGCAGAGACGGCCAAGGGACGGUUUCCUUUGGAGGCGGUCGCAAUGAUGCACUUGAUAUGUAGGGAGGCAGAAGCGGCCAUCUUCCACCAGCAGCUGUUUGAGGAGUUGCGCCGCCUCACUCUGCUCUCCUCAGAUCCCACGGAGAUCACAGCCAUCGGAGCUGUGGAGUCAUCUUUCAAGUGCGGUGCUGGAGCCAUCAUCGUCCUCACCACCAGCGGCAGGUCAGCCCAUCUCAUAUCCAGGUACCGGCCUCGCUGUCCAAUCAUUGCUGUCACCAGAAACCCUCAGGUGGCCCAUCAGUCCCAGCUGCUCAGAGGAGUGUUUCCUGCCCUUUUCUGUCCUCUUCCUGCUCCUGUGUGGGCCGAUGAUGUGGACAACAGGGUCAAAUUUGGCAUGGAUAUAGGGAAAGUUAGAGGAUUCUUCAAGUCAGGUGACAUGGUGAUUGUGAUGACAGGCUGGCUCCCAGGGUCCAAUCACACAAAUAUCAUAAGGGCAGUCAAUGUCCCAUAACACCCUGACCUCAGAAAAGCUGACGGAUAUCAACCGCUCCCCGGUUCAGGAUGCUCAGUGGCUAUUAUGCAUGAGCGUUACUAGUAAAACUUGAGGACACCCACUUCAAUAAAAUGAAUAGCUGACAUAGAUCAAACAAAGCAUCUUCCCAUCAUUCUUUAAGAGGAUGACAGGGUACAAACUGUCUCAUCUCUGCUAAAUUUGUCUCGUCUUGAAAGCGACUACCUCCAAAUAAAACUUGAACAUUAAUGUGAUGCUUUUCUUCUCUUCUUGUCGGGAUUAUAGAUGGAAUAAAAACGCUGUCUGUUCUUUUCAUCGCUGUUAUUUGCGAGCUAAUAUUGAAUUAAAGCUGAAUGGUUUCUUUGUCAGCUAUUGCUGAAGUAUAAUUAUGAUUGGCAUGACAGAGUUUGGAGAUAAGGCUUUUAUUCUUGGCCACAGUGGUGCCGGAUUUAUCUAUGGAAUGGUGUAAUUCUCUCAGCUAUUAAGAACACAGCCAGGAGAUGCAGAGAUGUUGGAUAUCUUUGGACUGCACCUUUCUGUCCACUGAAGUGAGUGACAUGUCCAUAUCUGUGUGUUGUUCCUCUGUAAACUAAUAAUGUCUGUUCCCUCAUGGUUUUA